AUGGCGGAACUCGCGCAGAAGCUCCAGCAGCUCCAGUCUCUGCCGGAAGACCUCCACCUUUUCUGCCCACGAACCGGUCCUGACGACAACUCCUGCUACUUCGACGAGGAUCUUUACGGCCGACUCGACAACGAAGAUGCAGUCACAAGGAACAAGCGGCUCAAUGCCGUAAAGGAUGCGGAACGGCGGAAGAAGCUGGUGUUGGAGUGCAUGCAGAUCCUGGCCUACGACGGUAGCGACGCGGCGAAGUUCAAGGAAUGGCUCACAACACGGCUGGAUGCGCAGAUGGCAUGCUGCGAUGUUUGCAUAAGGAUCUAUCAUCGGGCACGCGCGGAGCUGAAGGCGGAUCUUGAAGCGGACUACGGAGAAGAUGUAGUUGCGGACUUCCUGGCCGUGAUUGAUGGCUUGAGCAUCGAGCGCAUCAAGAAAGGUCUUGUUCAAGCUAGAGACGAUCUCCUAGCUGCACCGCCAGACCAGCGCAGCCCUGGCGCCCUACAACCAUCGGGACUUUUCGCCCUCUUUGAGGCGAUCAGCUGCGAGGCCUUUCUGAGAAGGGAGGAUCUGCUUUCCGAAUACUUCGACGAGCCGUUUCGACUCGUGCAGACGAAAACGCGACUGAGGCUAAAAACAUUCACGCCGGCUAUGACAGCUUUUCUGUUCAGCAAGCAGGAGGACAGAUGGAGGUGGGGGUUCAUGACAUGGACUAAGUUCAAGCGAGGCCCUACUGGACAAGAAUUCGAUAGUGAUAUCAAAAGCCCGCUUUCCGACGCCAUGCGGCGCGUUCACAUGAGCAAUCUCGAGGUCGACUUCUUGCCAACCUUCUGGAGUGGCGCCAAAGUCAUCGUCAGCAAGCUCGAUAAAGAGGUUAUCACUCACAAUCUACGAGCACUGGAUAUGGAUAUCUGUACGCUAGCACUGGAUCAAUUGCAACUGGAUUCAGAGUGUUUCGUAGACAUACUGGGCACCAUGCAGAUGCUGCUCGAAACGUCGCCGACCGACGUUUGGGAAGCCAUGGGCACAAUAUCACCAAAGACCGUCAUCGAGCAAGUUUUCAACAGCCCUUCGCUCAAGAAACUGUUGCUGAGCGUGGGUGAAGAGGAGACUGGGGACACCGAAGCCUUGCAGCAGACAUUCUCAUGGGUCAAACCAUUGCUGGCUUCGAUCAAGGCUUCAAACCAAGGGCCGCCCUGUCGCUCGCUUUGCGACCAAUUUCUAGGACGCCUCCAAGAUGGGAAAUAUCCCCCUCUAGUAUGGUCUUUCUGCUCCAGGAUGGGACUCGAGGUCUUAUCACAUACAAUCAGCAAGCUGAACGAAGGCGAAUCUGUGUCAACGUUUGUUGGAGCAGCGACUGUCUCAGAUGUUCUAGAUGUUGUCGCUCAUCACGUUGAAUCACUCAUCAGGACCAUCAAGGAUUCUGUCAAGCUCCAACAACUCGACGACUCUGGAAACAUCGCGCUUGAUGUCGUUCAACAGGCAUUGAAGCUUGACUGUUUAUCCGUGGUCAUCGAUAGAGAGAUGUUGGUGCAAAACAGACCACUACAGCACGAUCAAGGCAUUCAGUGUGGUCCACUAUGGAAGGCGGUAGUGCAAGGCAUCAAUUUCGAUACCGUAGCACUCGCUAUACGAGCGCUCAUAGGUGCACGUCUGCUCAUUGGCCUUGAGAAGUUCGUUACCAAAGCGAGCGUCCCCUUGCCCAAAGAAAUGGCGAGAUUCAAUGAGACGUUUGAUCAGCUCUCACGAAACGUAUCUGAAAUCAUCGAGCGCCUCAAUGACCUUCCGCCGUCGACCCUCAAAGAGAUAUUUGAGAGCACUGGCAACGCUAACACUGUCAUUACGACACUCUUUUCGUCAGAUAUGGAAACACGUCGAGCGACAGUCGAACUUCUGAAGGUUGUCAGUUCAGAAGACGGCCGCAAAGAAGCCGUUGGGUAUAUAGUCACAUCCUACUUCCGAAAUACUCUCACUGCCAUCUCUAUGUCACUGCGACGGAUAGCACAGCGGAGAGUGUUCACCCCGGCCUCUAGCACGCUCAAGCUAUCCACGGACGUCAUUGACGUGCUGUGCAAUUCCCAAGACGGUCUUCUUCGAUCAAAAACCUUAACUGGACCUGAAGCUAGAGCCGCGGAACAUUUCUGGCAGUCAUUGUGGCAGGAGCUGACAGUUAUAUUCGAAAUGACGGAGAGCUGGAGCGACCAGGGGCACGAGAAGACACAGAUGAUGGAUUUCUGCCGUGACACUAUGCAGUUUGCAGAGAGGCUCUUCGACGAAUGCAGCAUCUUCGCAAGUGCUCUCAACACCGCAUCAUCAGAUUCUGAAGUGACCCGAGAUAAGACUUCGAUCACCAAAAGCCUCCUGGAACAUCCUGCGCGGACAAUGAGCGCAGCCGUCAAGUGGCUGCGACUGCGGGACGAGUUUCUCUCCACCAAAUCUGUGUCCCUCAUUAGCAAGCUGCUCAUCCGAUUACACAACGUUUCGAUUGAGGUCUCGGAAGACUCGCUAGCUUUCGUCGAAGGCAUCAUCACCGGCAAAAUACGGGCGAAGCUGUCUGGACAACAAAUCGCAGAGUUAGAACAGGCGCUCGAACGACAUGUUGGCCACUCUGUAACAGCCGCGAAGCGCGAGGCCGAAGAGGCAGCUAAGCGGCAGAAGCAGGGCACAAUAAGUGCUUUCUUCAAACCUGGAGCUGCAACUCCUGAAUCACGCAAGGCCACCUCGGAAGACUCUGACGCAACUGACUCUGACCAGUUGAGCAAGAUCGUCAAAGCCAAUCCCCGCACCGCUGACGCAUACAAGGCCCGUAUCUUAGCUAACAAGGCAAAGAAGGAGGCCGAGGCAGCCGCAGCCAGGAAGGCAGCGCUCGCGCAAAAGAAUGUACUCGACGUUGCCGAGUUCAAACGCCGCCGGGAAGCGGAGAUUGCGGCGAAGAAGAAGAGAGAUGCGGCUAUGCUUGCUGUCGCCACAGGACGAACUAGUCAGACAGCGGAAGCUGGGUCAGGUCUCGCAGGUCUCGGCAUCAAAGGCAAAGAUCAUGCUGCUCGAGGGACAGGCAUGAUGGUCUCCAGCGAUGAAGAAAGCGACGACGACGAUGAACUUGACGAAGAGCUUUUCGGGCCUAAGAAGGUUGUGAAGAGAGAUCCUGCAUUGAAAGCCAAAGUCCACGCUGAGAUGCCGCCACAAGGCCCCGUCAAGAAGCAGCGGAAGGUUAGAUCUGCAAGAGAUAUGCGUGCUCGAUUAGCACCUGACUUGUCCAACCUGCAUAAGACGAUCUUGGGCUGGGACUACUUUCAUGAAGGGGACUUUCCGCCAAACUCGCGUCCGGAUAUGUACAGCGCGGUCCCUAACACUUUCCGCACUCCCGUGGAUUACCAGAAUACAUUCCAGCCUCUUUUGACUCUAGAAGCAUGGCAAGGCUUUGUCAAAGCUCGAGAAGAGAGUAACUUCAAGCCUUAUGAAGUCAAGAUUGUCAACCGCUCAAGCGUCGAUGCCUUCAUCGAGGUCAGUAGUACAAUGACGCAUGCGGAGAACAAGGAGAUCUCGAUCUCUGAGGGAGACAUUGCCCUUCUGGGCAAAGCUCCGAAUCCAGCUACAGCUGCGGACCAGCCGCAUUGCCUCGCAAGGGUGUGGCGUAUCACCCGCAAGAAAGCAAACCUCGAAGUGCUGUACCGAGUCAUGCCCGGAAACCCUCUCAUUUCCUCCUUGGUACCGAAUGCCACUAUUAAGGGCGUGAAGGUGCAGUCUAUCACUCCGCUCGAACGUGAGUACGGCGCACUUGCAGGCUUGGAAUACUACGACCUUUGCGACGAAAUCAUCAAAGCAAAGCCUUCGCCGCUUCUGAAAUACUCAGACAAGCAUCUGGAUCCGAUUAUCGCCAACUACAAGGUCAACAAGGCCCAAGCCAAAGCUGUCAAAUCGGCUAUUGACAACGAUGCUUUCACGCUGAUUCAAGGACCUCCUGGCUCUGGCAAGACCAAAACAAUCGUGGCCAUAGUGGGGGCCAUACUAACAGACAGCUUACGGGAGAACAAAGCAACAGUGAUCGAGAAGCCAAGAGCCCCUGGGAUGAACGGAGCAGCUCACAGCGCUCCGGCUCCACCGAAGAAGCUACUUGUUUGCGCUCCAAGCAAUGCAGCUGUGGACGAACUGGUGAUGCGUUUCAAAGGAGGUGUUACAACGCUGUCUGGCCAGCAUCGUAAGCUUGGUGUGGUCAGACUAGGACGGAGUGACGCCAUGAAUGCUAACGUCAUCGAUGUUACCCUUGAUGAACUGGUGAGCAAGCGUCUAGGUCUCAACCAAGGAGACAAUCAAGACCAGCGGAAGCAAACGCAAGAUCUCAUGAAGGAGCACCAAGCGGUCUCGGAGAAGCUACGAGAAGCACGGGAGAAGCUUGAUGCGGGCGAAGCCAAAGGCGAGGAGGCGACUAAACUUAAAGACGAGUUUGACACAUUGAGGCGGCGUAAAGCACAGCUUGGUGCUCAGAUCGAUAGUGCUCGUGACAACGAGAACCUUCAGAAUCGACAAGCGGACUUGAACCGAAGGCGCGCGCAGCAGGCUGUACUGGACGAGGCGCAUGUCAUCUGCGCUACUCUCAGCGGCAGUGGCCACGAGAUGUUCCAGAAUCUGAACAUCGAAUUCGAGACGGUCAUCGUGGACGAAGCGGCGCAGUGCGUUGAGAUGAGCGCGCUGAUUCCGCUCAAAUACGGUUGUGCGAAAUGCAUCCUGGUCGGAGAUCCUAAACAGCUGCCGCCCACCGUCUUCUCUAAGGAAGCCGCACGCUUCCAGUACGAGCAGAGCCUGUUCGUCCGCAUGCAAGGCAACCAUCCAGACGACGUUCACCUCCUCGACACGCAGUACCGUAUGCACCCGGAAAUCAGCGCUUUCCCCAGCCAGACUUUCUACGACGGCAGGCUCCUCGACGGCGCUGACAUGGCUGCUCUACGCGAACGACCAUGGCACGCAAGCGAGCUGCUGGGCCCGUACCGCUUCUUCGACGUGCAGGGCCAACACCAAGCAGCGCCAAAGGGCCACUCCCUGAUCAAUAUAGCCGAAAUAGACGUCGCCAUGCAACUCUACGAGCGUCUAACAACCGACUUCCACUCCUUCGACUUCAAGGGCAAAGUCGGUAUCAUCACGCCCUACAAGAGCCAACUCCGCGAACUCAAAGAUCGCUUCGCGCGGCGCUAUGGACAGGCUGUUUUCGACACCAUCGAAUUCAACACCACGGACGCCUUCCAAGGCCGUGAGAGCGAGAUCAUCAUCUUCUCGUGCGUGCGCGCGUCGCCGGCUGGUGGUAUUGGGUUUUUGCAGGAUAUCCGCCGUAUGAACGUCGGUCUCACUCGUGCGAAGUCGUCGCUUUGGGUCCUGGGGAACUCGGAGAGCCUCGCGAGAGGCGAGUACUGGCGGAAGCUGGUCGAUGAUGCGAAGGGCAGGAGCCGUUAUAUUGAGGGCAAUAGGCUGAUGCAGCUGCUCCGGAAGCCGGUCAAGGUUGAUCCGACGUUCGCCUCGAGAGCGCCGAAGGACGCACCUGCGGGGCCACGCGACAUGAACCCUCGGCAGGCUGAGCCGGUCCGAUCGAAUGGAGAUGUCAAGAUUAAGACCGAACGUGAAUCUGCGCCCUUGAGCGUAUUCAAGAACGAACGAUCCAUGUCUCUAGACGAGGAGCUCUUCGGCGCCCCUCCCGAGAACAAAGUCCGCCACAAACGCAAAGCCUCGAUCGACAGCGAUGAAGACGUCGAGAUGAAGGACGUCAAGUCGGAAUCAGAUAGAGCGUCUAGCAGGAACGCCAGUGGGAGGUCAACGCCGGCGACUGACGUCAAACCCAAGAUCGAGAAGUCCACCGCAAACGGACGGCAAGCCUCGAAUGGCGUCUCGGAUAGGCGUGAGGGCAGUGCUGGCGGCCUGCGGGGCAGUACUGCUACGGAGCCGAGAACGGCACCUCCUCCACUGCGGAAGAAGAAACCGGUGGAUCCAUUCAUUAAGAAACCGGUACCGAAAAGGCCGCGGCCGGCGUAG